AUGGCUCUCUCCGCGCCCAGCACAGACCCAUCAAUCCUCAUCACCCAAGAACAAUCCGAUCCGUACAAAUUCCACACCUUCACCACCACCACCGCCUGGACCCUCGGCACCGCCCUGCGCACUCGCCUGCUCUCCCUCCCUCCCUCCCAACGCAAACCCGCCCUCGUCAACAUCGCCCUCGCAUCCUCCUCUCCCACAACUUCCACCCCACCACUCACUCUCUUCCAAUGCGCGACCGAGCCCGGCACCAUCCCAGACAACGAGCACUGGGUGCGCCGGAAGCGCAACACCGUGCUGCGCUGGGGAACGUCGAGCUGGGCGAUGCGCAUGAAGAUGGUGGCUGGAUUGGCAGGCGCGGGGGCGAGUCCCAGUGCGGGCGAGAUUGAAGCGGCGUUUGUGAAAAAGUAUGCGCUGACGAGUUCGUCUGGGGGUGCGGUGGCGGACGAAUUUGCGAUUCAUGGCGGCGGGUGGCCGAUUCGAGUGCGUGGGGUGGAAGGGAUCGUGGCGGUGGUGGUGGUGAGUGGGUUGAAGCAGGAGGAUGAUCAUGCGGUGGUGGCCGAGACGAUUCGGGAGCUGGUGGCGGAAGGUUAUUAG